GGGUUUAGAGUUAGGAGGUGAGGUUUUGGAAUUAGGGUUUAAAAUUUUAUAAAAAAUAAAUACUAAAAUAAAAAAUAAAAAUUUAAAAAACAGUUUCAAAAAGUAUUUUUAAAUUAUAAAAAGAAAAUUUGAAAAAAAAAAUUAAAAAAAAUAAAAUUUAAAAAAAUUAUAAAAAUUUCGAAUCUGAAAACAUGUAAUUUGAAACUAUAAAAAAAUUAUUUUUUUUUAUUUUUAUUUUUAUUUUAUUUAUUUUUAUUUAUUUUUGUUUGUUUAUUUAAUUUUAAACCAAGGGUAUUAGGGAUAUUUUACCCUUUAAUGAAUGUCAUUUUUGUGACUUUCUCCUUCUAAUGCUAUUUUUGAGACAUAAACUUCAAAAUGUGCUAUUAUUGACAAUUGCCCUUAAUUAAAUAAUCUAUUAAACGAAAAAUAAGUUUUAUUUAAUUACACAACUACGUAUCCAGCGGGAAUGUAGCGCAAGGUAGCAAAAUUGGGUUUCUCUUUCUCAGAAUUUUCCGCCUUGGUGUUUGCUUUAAAACCACCGCCGCACGCACAUUGUUUCUCUUACAAUCGUUUUUUUAUUUUUCUUCCGAAUAAUUUUUUUUUUGGGUUGUUCAUCAAAUGGCGGAAUCAAAGACAAAGUUUGCAGAAAUCAGGGAAUGGAUCGUCGACCACAAGCUCCGUACCGUUGGUUGUUUAUGGCUGAGUGGUAUCUCUGGUUCGAUCGCCUACAACUGGUCUAAACCUGGCAUGAAAACCAGUGUCCGUAUCAUCCACGCCAGGCUACACGCUCAGGCCCUGACGUUGGCCGCUCUAGCUGGAGCAGCCGCGGUGGAGUACUAUGAUCACAAAACUGGAGCCACCGAUCGCUACCCCAAAUUUCUCAAGCCUGAUAACUUGAAUAAAGACUAAAACAAUCUUUGGCUAAUAAUGCCUAUUGUAGGCAUAUUAUAGCUAGUGAGAUUUUUUUUUUUUAAUGUUUAUUGAAUCCUUCUUUACUACUUUGAAAUGGAUUGACUAUGGUUAUAUAGCCUCUACGCCCUGAAGAUUGUUUGCAAAAUACGGGAUGCUAAUCUGUAAGAGAUACACCUUCAGAAAAAAAAAUAAUGUAUACAUAUAUUUCGAUAA